AUGGCGGCCAUGGUUGUCCCGCAAAACGCUGUAAAGAACUGGGAAAAAUCGGGCAAAGAUGAAGUGUAUGUUUAUUGAAUUCUAGAUGGAAGCAUUCUUUAUUGUGUGGUCUUGAUAGAUGUGUUGUUAUUUUUUCAGUUAUCGGCUGUGUAAGACAUGUGUCCGUGGAGAAUUAUCGGAUUCGAAUUUUCAGUGCGGCGAAAACGGUUUGUAAAUAAGGUUGUCAUUGAUGCGUUUGUAAAGAAUCGUCUUGAGGCGAUCCCUCAUUCCUUGUCACUUCUUUCACAGAUCUUAAACGCGUGAUCUAUGAAGUACUUUGUCACGUCAUUCGAGGCGAUCUAAAGCAUGAAGAUGUGCUUCCGUUGUUAUCAGAUGUCACGGUAGGAAAGCUUCUAGCUAUUUUGAUAAGUAAACUAAUUAUCAUUAUUUUAGUACCACAGGUCUUGAGACAAACUUUUUUAGGUAACUAGGCCAGAGAUUAUUGACGAGGUUUAUUCACUAGCUAAUAAACUAAACUGCGUAGUUAUACAAAACUGUAAUUUUUCUAAGGAAAUCUGGCAUUUGUUACCCAAUAAUAUCUUUCAUACUGGGACAGGUUGUUCAAAGCUGGGUUAAACUAACGCAGGGUUAAAAGCAAAUUCAGAUUAAUUCUUUUUGUCUACAAUUUGAUGAUUGGAUGCUCUGAAGAGAAUGGAAAUAAUUAUUGAAGAAAUGCUUUUGAGUAAAUUAAAAAUAACCUUGGAUUAGAAUUUAACCUGGGGUUACUGCUAAUCAGCCUUCUAAGAACUGGGCCCUGUUGAUUAAAAAAAAUUCCUGUUUCCAUAAACACAACUUAUUUACAUUUAUUAUAAACGGAAGCAAGUGACGGAACAAGCACAGAUGGAUAUGUUGAUUAAAUAUACUGUAACAAAAACAACAACAAAAUUAGCUGACUUGAAUUGUUUCCAUUUUGAGCUCCAGAUAGUGCUUAGAACUUUUCAUGAACCAAACAGAAUGCUACAGGCCAUGGGGAGUUGGCUAACAAAAAUCUUAAGCACAGCCCUGUAUGAUCCUAUUCCUGAAUAUUUGCCUGAUCUAAAUCCCAGAGCCUUGAAAAAGUAAAUUAAAUGCAAACAUAUCUUCUGUUUUCUUUUUUAAAGGAACUCCAUCCAGGAAGCGCUUCAUUGCUGGCUGACCUGAUUUGCAUCUUGGGUACACAAGCUCUAUCCAAUUAUUGCUGUUACUUAAAAAUUUGUUUUAUUGUUAUGUAGACCUGCUUCAGACUGCAGUGUUUUCGUGAUUGUGUUUGCUGUGUUUCUGCUCCCCUCUAUGUACCCUAUGGUUCCAUUUGGUGUCUUCAUAAUCCUACAGAUGUCGAAAGUCAAUGUGAGGAGGACAAGCCAAACAGAGAAAGGUUCUUGUCCCUGGUGGCAGCUUCAGUGGUAGGUAUCUGUUUCUUUUGACACAUAACUUUUAAAAUUGUAUAGUUGGUUCCAAGAGUAGGCUAGCCUGUGAAUACAGCCGGUCUCUCCUUGCUCGUCUCUGCUAAGGAUGUUUUGCCAAGAGAGACGUGUGUGCCUCAGCAACAGAAAUUCUAUGCUGAUGACGUAAAAUCUGUCUGGAAUCUGGUCAGGAGCUGCGAUUGGUUGAUGUAGUAGUCAUACUAUUUUAGCUAUUGUUUAUGAAUGACAGACAAAAGACAUGGUUAUUAAUGUCAGGGUGCAAAGUAAGUCAUCUUUACAACUUGUCAUUCGGGCAAGCUGAAGCUAACAUUUACUAGCCCAAAUGUCAUUUCAACUAGCCCAAAAAACGUUUUGAUGAGCAGAUUGAUUUCACAGUUCUUCUGUAAUCUGAAUUCCUCAAAAAAAUUUACUUGCCCGUUCGGCAAGUUAAUAACAGAAUUUAGUAGCCUGAUAGCAAAAUCCACUAGCCCCGGGCUAUCGGACACUACUUUCUUUGCACGUUGAAAUGUCAAAUGUAAAUGUGAUGAAUCUGCUAAAAAAACAGUCAAUAUUUGUGGAAUAUAUUCUUCUUUAGAAAAAGCAUUUGAGUUUUUCUAGAGAUCAUUUGCAAAAGAAGACAAAACUUUACCAUAAUCGAACAGGAGAAACAUCAAUUAGAUAAAUUUACAUUCAAUACCCCAUGAUUACCGGAUUAUGUAAACAUUGAUUUAUGUCAUCAGUAUAGAAUUUAUGUCGCCAAGACAUACUUCUAUAUUUGUCAUUAUUAUGUUGUUAUAUGAACCAUGGAAUCCAGGCGUUUAAUCACCUCAUUGUUAGAAGAGAUGUUCGUAGGAGCAAAGUAAAGUGAUAUCAAGAAUUUGCUAAGUGUUGUUUCAAAAACAAAAUGUUGACCAUCUUUUACUUGAAUCAUCACACACUGGUAAUAAGUCAAACUCGAUGUGGAGCAUAAUAAUAAGCAACAGAACGGAAAACUUCUGCUAAAUAACAAUUAUUUUAAUGUGCAAACUUUUCUUGAAUGUAUAGUACUAUAGGCUGUCAUAAUAAAUAUGACCCCUGAAUUAGUUGAUUUCAUUAUUGAAAGGUUUGAAAAAAUCAUGUUUGUAACAUUACUUACAUGCACUUUUCAGAUCAGUCUAGGUUUCUGGGAAACUGUCCACCUACCCCUCCCUCAAGCCAACAUUAAGACUCACUUCUCACUUAGGGCACAAUGUUUGCUUAGGAGACGGGUAGCUGGGCAGUUUCCUAGAAAUCUGAAUUGAUCCCACUUUUUUCAGGGAGUUGUUCCAGAAGCUCUUCUCAAGGAACGCCUGGAUGUGGAGACGCUGGACACCCUGGGAAUAAUACAGUCUCAGAAAGCCUUUAAUCAGAAAUAUGUCAGGACCAAGACUAAGCUUUUGUGUGUAUAUUUUCUUGAUAUUUCUUAACUUUAAUUACAGCCAACCUUUUGUCAUCAUUUUGAAGGUGAAAGGAAAACAAAUCUGAGCUAUUCGUCUUGUUGUCUGUUUGGCUGCUUCUAAAUUUUUUUCAGCCUCAUGAAACUCUCAGUUGCCAUUAAAAGACCUUUUGCAUUGGUUGAUCACAUGAUCAGACUUAUGCCUCCCAGUCACGCUUGAAUGGUUUUCCAUACUAGUAAAUUUCGAAAUUUUCAAACUGUCAUGAAAGUUUUCCUUAAGCAUUACUUGGCUGAAAUCUCCUUUUAAUUCAUAACAAGCAAUUUUAGCUGUUAAAUGCAUAAGGGAAGGAUUUAACAACAGUUUAUAAAUUUCAGAAUUUACAAGGAAUUGUAUAGUGAAUACAUGAGAAAGAUGAUUUAUCAGUCAGCGAUGCAGGUUGCUCAGUACUCUACGCUGUUAUUGACUUGUUGAGAUAGGAUUUUCAAGACUUAACUUUUGAAUACUGAUAAAUAAACUGCACCUUGCUUUUGCUGUAGCUACAAGCAACAGAAGUUUAAUCUUUUGAGAGAGGAGAGUGAGGGAUAUGCCAAACUGGUCACAGAGUUGGGUCAGGAGAUAAGCCGACAUGUUACCAGUGCCAGAGUACUGGAGAAUAUUAAAUCUUUGAUUGGUAAGAAUGACGAAUUCCAUUGACUUUAGGAAUAAUUACCUUGAUUUGGAAGAAUGAUAAUUAUUCUUCGAAAUUGAGGUAAAUAUUCCUAAUUUUUAAUUCCUAAUUGUUAAUUAUUCACCCACAGUCUGAUGUGAAUAGUCUGAAAGUAGGCAGUAGGAGAGAAAGAUGGAAGAAAUGCUAUGAUAUCAAGAUGCAUUUUCCCCAUACAGUUCCUGUGUUGUUGAUGAAGACAAGUUGUACAACAAUCAAGACUUUCUUUUUGUAGUGAUCAUUUCCCAUAUUCUCAUUGACCUCUAUGUUGGAUAAAACAUUGAUAAAUUAAGGAGAAAUAAGAUGCUGGUCAGGGUUUUGAGGGUGUACUAAUACCCCUGUUAGACUGAUACCUCCCUAAAAUUGACACUUAGCAGGGCUGAGCUCUAAGGAAAAUUGAAGGGUGCCCAGUGCUCUGAACCUGUAAAAUCUAGAUCAAGUGCCCAGCAUAUGAUUUGUAUGAAAAAUCUGAGAUUUUCUAGUCGCCCAGGAGCAAAAGUUGGGCACCAGGGGCCACCGGGCUCUGCUAGAGCAUAGCCCUGCUCAGAAGUAGCCCUUACCGUCCAGUCAUUUUCCUUCACUCUUUACAAUCUGGAACAUUUCUGAGAUGAACAGUUAGUAGCAACACCACCAGUGUCUGUCUCAGAGUUGAUUGUCAAAAUAUAGUCUCAAGAAAUAAAUGUAUACUUUUUAUCCACAGGUCGUUUUAACUUGGAUCCCAACAAAACUCUUGAUGUACUUCUUGAUUCAUUUGAAUGCCGCAUAGAUUUAGAGGACUUUUUUCUUCCGCUUUUAAAAUCCUACAUGGAAAAAUGUGAAUCCACUGCUCUCUGCCAUAUAAUGGGAUUCAAAUUCCAGUUUUACAAGGUAUGUGGACCGCGUUUUGUCAAAAUAUAAGGCACUUCAGUGCUCCAAGCCCAACUAUUUUUAAAUCUCCCUUUUGAAGUACAGUUAAACCCUGCUUUGUAGACACCUGCUUAAUUCAGAUACCUCAUUAUAUUUCUUGCUAAUUUGUAUUUCACUUAAUGAACUUCAUAAAGAUCGUCAAUACAACUAAUUAAGACCCUAUGGCUUGCCACUUGAUCACUGAACAGUAAUGUCUGUUGUCGCUAAUUUAGAAACUCUCACACCAGUUUUACUUGCCAAGUGUUUUUUUAAAUGACCAAAACUGCAGUCAUAGCGUUGACUUAUGGUUCAAUGCUAAUUUUGUCCAGCACAUUUAUACGUAAAAAAGGAAAAGAAAAGAAAAAAAUAUCUGGGAUGAUUAGGAAACACUAAAAUCCCUGAUCACCUGGGAUCUUCCAGAUGUAUGAAAUCAAGGCUUGUGUCUGUUUACCAAUUUUUCUUUUCUUUUCAAGGAUCAACCAGAUUUGCCUACUCCUCCAUCACUUUAUCAUUUAACAGCAUUGCUUAUGAAGCAUUCUCUGCUAUCCCUGGAUGAUUUGUAUCUUUAUGUGAGUAAAGCCAUGUUAUUCACCCUUUUAUUCCUUAUAGUGCCUCAAAUAAAUUUAAAUUUCUUGUUAUAAAAUCUGUAGAAAUAAAUCACACUACGCAAAAGUUCUGCCAAAGAGUUUUCAAUUGAAUGGUAACACCAAAGGAUUUUGUCCACAGAUUUAAAAGCUGCCUUAGAAAAAUCUUGUCAUAACUAAUUAGUCUAGGGGUUAAAGGGUUAGAAACAGUUGUAAAAUGAGGUACUGUAGCUUAACUUUCUCCAUGUUUACAGUCUUGUAACUGUACCAUAUUUUUGUUCAGUAAUUUUUUGCUUAAUUUUUGCCUUUUUAUGUACAUCCAUUUUUCCUGCUUAUGAGACACCCUGUACAUGUUUGUUUUCCAGCUGAGUCCAUCAGAUGCAGACAUAGCUACAAGUAAUACAACAAAAAUGGAUGAGGCAAAGCAAGAAGCAAGAAAAAUGAAUAUGGCAGUGUUGGCUGUAAGUUUACAGACAGUGGAAAGUUAGUCUUGAAUGUUGCUUGAUAUUGACCUCUAGAAGGAGUGAAGUCGGGACAUGCCAAAAGCCAAUUCCCAUCAAUAACUGUAGAAAAUAUAUAAUUUUUUUUUUAUCCUCAAAUGGUGGUUUAAAUCAAAAUCUUUGACGGGUUGCAAAGAAAGUCAUUUUUACAGCUUGCCAUUUGGGCAAGCUUAAGCUAGCAUUUACUAGUGCAGACGUCAUUUCAACUAGCCUCAGAUGCUUUUUGACAAGUAGAAUUGAUUUCAUAGUUCUUCUGUUAUUCAAAUUGCUCAAGAAACAUCACUUGCCUGUUGGGCAAGUGAACGACAGAAUUCACUAGCCCGAUAGCAAAAUCCACUAUCCCCGGGCUAUCGGACACUACUUUCUUUGCACGCUGUUUGAGACCCUGAAAACGAUUUCAGCUGAUGAGGAUUAAAGUGACAGUAUGGUUUUUCUGCCCUAGAUGACUUUGUUCUUGAAUAGAGGUACUGUACAUUGUAACUGAUAUCUGAUGAUUUAGCCUUUCUAACACUCUAACAUCUGUCCAUUUGUUGUCUGAAAGGAAAUUGCUGCUGCAAACAAUGAAGAAAGUAACAAAGAAAACAGUAAAGAAAAUGAUAAGCCACAAAUUGUAAGUACCUUCACUGGCUUGAUAAUAAAUUUAUGGCCUUGGUCGUCUAAGUCUUCAUCAUAAGACUGAAGAAACAGCACAGCGCACAUUAAAGUUUAUAUGCGCUGUUCCGUUAUCAUCUCUCUGGUUUGUCUGCAAUUCAGGCACUAGCCACAAGGAUCGAAAUUGGCACUGUUAAUUCUAAAACUUUUUCCCUGAAAGUUGAUGGUGCCUAUUCUAGAAUGCUUUGCACAGCACUAGACAUUUCUUAGACGAAUCACAUUACAAAUGAAGAUCUGUAUGGUCACCUCCCAAAAGUUUCUUGUAAGAUCAGGGAAAGAAGAAUGAGGGUAGCUGGGCAUUUUGUUAGACACAAGGAGGAGGAGCAAGGCUGUGCUCUAACAAAAAUUGAAGGGAGCCCAGUGCUCUGAACUUGUGAAAUCCAGGGUGCCCAGCAUAUGAUUUCUAUGAAAAAGCAAAGAUUUUCUAGUCACUGGAGAACAAAAGUUAGGUGCCAAGGCCACUGGGCUCUGCUAGAGCACAGCCUUGAGGAAGCAUCAAAGCUUGUGUUGUGGCAGCCACAACACAGACAAACUAAGAGAGGAAGACCUAAGACCACAUACAUACAGUCACACUUUGCUUGAAGACACUGGGUUCACCAGUAUCGGAGAACUCAUAAUGGUAAUGCUAGACCAAAGUGGCUGGAGAGCCAGAGAGAGCUGGAGAGCUGGUGCUUGAUCAAACUAACUUACCUAAAUUGUUAAUGCUUUGCAUUUUUUUUCUGCAGGCACCAGAUAAUCAGAAAUUUGGUGUAUGUGAAGCACUAUUGAUGGUAGGAGGGUGGGAUCAAGCUCGCUCAGUACUUGAAAGACUACCACAGUUUGCUGCUGUGUCACAUCCUCCUAUAUCCAAAGCAUUGUGCAAGUUGAUCCAUACCACAAUUGAACCACUCUACCGCAGGUUAGUUGUUUUGUCAUAUUGUUUUAUUUUAUUUAUCUAUUUUUUUAAUUUGCAACACACACAAAAAAAUUACAAAUAAUAUAAUAAAUUAAUAGUAAAAUAAUAGUAGGAAAAAGAAGUGGUGAAGUGAGGGGACCUAACUGUAAUGAUAGGAGCUUAUGGGAGAUUAGGCUCUCCGUGUUUUUGUAUUUACUUAGAAGUUCAAUCUUUAGUGUUAAUCUUUAAUAUUUUGCAGUUUAAAGGUCAACAAGAAAUUGUGGUUCAAGUAGCAUAAUUUAUAGAUGGAAAAUAAUAAAAUGUGGCAUGGAAAAUUUUAUAGCGUUGUAUGAUAUCAGUAGUUGUUUCGUGUAUAUUUUAUUUUGCACUGGGCAGAACUUAGUUAAUGGAAGUGUUAGGGAAGAAGAGCUGUGCUCUUGUAGUGCCUUGUGACCCCUCCCCACCCUCCCUGUGAUUUACCGGUACUUUCUCCAUUGUGCAACAGGCACCUUGCAGUGGCGGAUCCAGGAGAGGAGCGCAGGGAGCCCGGGGCCCUCCUUAUUUUUAGACCAAACUGAGGCCCAGAGGGCCAAAAAAAUUUUUUUUGGGAGACUGAGCACCCCUUUUCUAAGGGUUUCAUAAGUUCAACGCUUUUGUGCUCUCUACAUUUGUCUAUAAAUUAGCAUUGCUAGCUAGUGUUUGACAACAGACUUUUCCCUCCCCUUACUUAAUGUAUGUGGUGCGGCAAGAAUGGGUAGGUGUAGUCUACAAAAAGCACACAACAAAAUUUGUGCCAAGACUUUUUGUCCAUGAUUGUAUGUAUUUCACCGUUUUUUAGGCAUUCUUCAAAGGCAGCCCGUGGACGCCCCUAUGCUCCAGUCCCGGGGGGGCCACCUCAGUGUAAAGCCUUUACUGAUUUGCCACACUGUGUAUUUCCAAUGCUGAUUCAUCUUGGCCCUCAUCUGUCAAGCGAUCCUAUCCUCAUGGCUAAGAUUCUUCGGAUUAGUAAAGGCUUCAUGAAAGACGUAAGGCAAUUUUUAGUUUAAUGGCUUUUUAAAGAUUCAACGAGGAAAUAGCCUGUGCCACUAAUGGCACUAAACCUUGAUUUUUUUAGUAACUUCUGUGAAACAGCACUGAAAUCUUUAUUCUGGGUCCUCACCUAUGUACUAGUACUAGGAUUUGAGUAUGUGCCAUGCCAGCCAUUGUCAAUUUUCCAAUCGGUGUGAAGGGAAUUUUGAACCCACAUUAAUUUUGUUGAGUUCGUUGGAAGCCCAGAACAAGGAUCUCGCCACUGCUUCACAGAGGUUACUAAUCAGGGUUAAAUUACAUCUAUGACACACCCUAACGAGGAAAAAACUCUUGAAAAAAUUCUAUGAGCGAGGUUUUUCUGGUCCAUAUUGAGUAGAUAAUGAUGUUACAGUGAUUUUGACUUAGUGUCCUCAAAUGAUGUUUAAUCAAAAUCUUUGAUAGUCAUGAAAACAAGUUUGACUGAUGAGGAAUAACUUACCAUAAAUACUGACUUAAGUCUCAUUUACGUGAAAUCCUGAUGAGUCUCUGUUCUUGUCAUUAGUAUCCAAAUGUAUUUGAAGACAAGGAGCAGCGUUCAUUGCAGGUACACAUGUCAUUCUUUCGUGUUACAGAUGUACUUAUAACGAGAAUUAAGGCUAUCUAUUGUUUAUCCUAACAGUGUAGUGCUAGAGGAAAAUUCAUUGAAGGGCUGUCAUGUUAAGUUGUUGGGCUAAAAAAUUGGCUUAUCAUUUUCUUGUCUGGUCAUCAUGUAUGACAGCAGAUAGGAUUUCAUUUGACUUUGGGCAGAUUUCAGUUCGACAAUGUCCAACAAUAAAUUGUUAUUGCUUUUUUUGUAGCAAUUUUGUUUAUGAGCAUGUGUUUUCCUGCUUAAGACUUUGAUAAAUAUGUAUUAUGUCCACAUUACUGUGCUUGUGAUGCUCGACCUUAGAUAUCCUGCACCUUUAAUGCACGGUUCUAAAAAAUAUGAUAAUCUUUUUACAGGUUGAGAAAGUUUGGUGUGGUCUUCUAACGUUGGUGGAUGAAGUUCUUCUGCCCUCAAUUUCAUUACUGGAAUGUAACUCUAGUUUAGCAGAGGAACUGUGGGCCAUGAUGUGCCGCUUUCCUUAUGAGCUUAGGUGAGUCAACCCAUGCACAACACCAUCAGCUAUAGGCGUAUUAUUACCAUUGUUUCAUUCAAAUCUGCUUUGCAAAUAUAAAGAAAGAGGAAUUUUUUCAGGAAACAAUCACAGAACGUCAAUGCCUUUCAUGUUAUAUGGUAUACAGUAUUUCCUUGAAUAAGUGCCCACCCCAAGGCUAAUAUAUCAAGUAAGUGUCCUCUUCUGAUGAGCGCCCCCCCCUCCUCUUCCCCUCCCUUUCUUAAAGGUAGGGAUACAAGGAAAACCAGCAUCUAUGGCCACUCUAUUUUUUAACCUUUUAGGCUUUGACCACAGCAGAAUCAGUAAAAGAAAAUAGUUUCUUUUCUCUCAAUUCGCUUGCAGUUAUUUGUAUAUCAAUGUGCACGCUUGCAGAGUUCUAUUAUGUGCGUUAUCUCUUCUUUUAAUUUUUGUCCUGUUAUCUGUGCUCCUUGUAAGUGCUGUAAACUUUCCAGGAACAACUAGACCUUUCAGUAGUUUGUUUAUAAGGAAACAUUACAAGCGCCUCUCUUGAUGAAGUGCCCUCCUUCUAAUAAGCGCCCAUCCUUUUAGCUGAAAUUUGAAAUAAGCGCCCGGGCACUUACUCAAGGAAAUACAUAUGAUUAUCCCUGUAAAUCAUACAAAUCAUUUCAACUUGAAACACUCUCUUUAAGUUGAUGGAAGUGUAGUUAUGUGCGUGAAUGGUGGGCUGGCUUUCCUCUCAUAGAGGAAAUCAGCUUAUUUGAUUAACUGUUCAUGCUGCAAGCUUCCAAUAUCAAGUGUGGGUCUCUCGUGCUGUGACUGGAGAAUACUGCCACUGCAUUCGUUCAUCCACAAACAUAUGCAGUUACUGUUCUUUAUAAGGAGUACCACAUUUCAGAUCUGUAGAAAUUGAAACUUCAUGGUCCCAUAACUGACUAAUUGAUUUAGGUCUAAUUCUGUAAUAAAAUUGUUGUUUGCAUCAACCUGAAGUCAACUACAGUAGAAUGAAAUCCUAUACCUUCACCUACAUAUGAAAGGUGUAACUUAAGUAGUAGUAACGUUUUCGUUGCUGUAGCGUCAUGUCCAAAAUGUUACUGGCAAUAGUAUAAUUUAUUGUUUAAUAGUUUCAAGAUGCAAAUUAUUUUGCAUAAAAAAUUAGUGAAGUGCAACAUGUAUCAAAGGUGUGUUUGUUUCACUAGAUAUCGACUUUAUGGUCAGUGGAAGAAUGAAUCAUACAGCAGCCAUCCUCGACUGGUUUUGGCCAAAGCUGCAACAAUAAAGAGAGCAAAAUACAUCACAAAGUAAGUUGGUGUUCAAUUAAACAGCACCCAUGGUUUUAGUUAUUGCAGCCUGGAUAAUCAGUUGGUAUGUUUUUUAACUUUCUUUAUGGGUAAUUCCCUUGUCUGACAUUGCCUGACAUUGCCUGUUACAAGUGUGUGAACAAUAACACACUGGGCUGUAAAUAGUGGUUUUGCUCCAUCUGAGGCUACUUAACAUUUUUCCAGUUAAGUACAUAUACUAUAUGUUAUUUCGAUAUUAACUUCCUCUGGUUCUAGCUAUUGCUGUUUUUUUUCCUGAUCUGUUAGUAAAAUCAUAUCACCAUCUGCACUGUAGUUGGCUCUAUGAGAACCAAUUACUCACUUACUUAAACAAAUUUUAGAGGCACUCAAGAAGAGUCUUUACCCACCAGAAAAUUAACAUGCAUCAACUCUUUAAUCUGCCCUCAAAUCACUUUUUGCCAAUACAUUUACUGGUAAGCAAUGUGCUACAUUCCUCUGGCGUGAAGUUUUGUUUACUGGAUAUUGACUACAUACUUGUAAGAGUUCUUGGUUCAGAAUGUGGAAAAACAUUAGUAAUUGCUGUCACUGUUGAUGUGACUGUUGUUCUUGUGUUGUAGGAGACUAACAAAGGAAAAUGUCAAACCAUCUGGAAGGCAGAUCGGAAAACUAAGCCACAGUAAUCCAGGAAUCUUGUUUGAAUAUGUGAGUUAUCAAACUUGUUGUUCUGCCACAUCUUAAAGUUGAAAACAAAGCAGGGCAGCAUCUUUGGAAUUUAUACAUCACAAGUUUUAUGUUUUGUAUGAUCAGCUUAAUUGCAGAAUACCUGACCACUCAAAAGCUAUACCUCUAUGCUGGUAGCAGUCAAACAGCCAUGUAGCUGCAAAGCUGCAUAGCCAUAUGCUUUGUUCUUUAAGGGCACCACAGCACUUAAAGCCACAUAGUGGUAAAGCUGUUACAGGUAAAAAUUAAAAUCAGGGUAAAAUUUUCCAACCUAGGUUGAUUAUCCAUUUCCUUUGUCUUUUAGCCCCAAUUAUUAAUGACUUAAGGCUAGGAUACAAAGAAAUUGAGAAUCAACCUUGGUUAAAAAAAUUUAACCUGAAUUUAAUUUUGACUAGUGGCAUAGUCACGUUGCUUUUGAUUGGCCAGGUAUUCUGCAGUUACUCCACGAAGGAUCAGUUCAUCAGGCUAAAGGAUCCCUUAAAUUUGUUUGAUCUUUUUGGUUUCAGCUCCUGUCACAGAUUCAAAAGUAUGAUAACUUCAUCGGCCCUGUUGUGGACUCGCUAAAGUACCUUACUCCUCUGGCCUAUGAUGUGUUAGCUUGUAUCCUUGUUGUUGUUUUAGGGCUUAAAAACCUACCGCCUACUACUUAUUAUACAGUUGACUCUAAUAUGUACAUCAUUAGGACUGGCAUUAAAUACCACUUAUCAACCAAGAGUGAGGUCAUUACAGGGAAAUCUCAGACUGAGGUCAAUACUCUGGAAGUAAUUUUCAACUUCCCCUUGCAAGCACACAGGGUCAUUCAAGGUCGUGUUCACAGAACCAAAACGUGGUGAUGUGAUCGAUACCACAAGAUACAGUUCCUUUGACAAUGAGACAAUUUUUGUCUUUAUUACGUCAAGAUUGUGGCUAAAUUUAACCACUUAAAAAAAAUUUCAUAAUGCCCGGUCAUAAGAUGAAAACCUUGCCAACUCAGCAGCUAGUCAGACAGCACAUACUAUUGUAGCCUUAUACAAUGCAAUUAAUAUAAACGUCCAUCUAAUUCUUAGAGUCGUGUCUGCCCUGUAGAAUGUCAAGAAAAAAUGACGGACGAUUAGAAUGGUAGGGACAAAAAGUCUAUUUGUAGGUGUCUGUUUUUAGGUGGGUGUCCAUCUUUUGAGGUACCCCUGAAGGGAGUGUCAGCAGUUUAUCCAUUUGUUUUAUAAUACGUAGUUGCAGUGUUUCAUUUCCUUGAUCUGUAGACAGAUUGUAUUAUAGAAGCUCUGGCCAAUCCCGAGAGAGAAAGAUUAAAACAUGAAGACACAAAUAUCUCUGAGUGGUUAAAAAGUAUGCAGUAAACUGUGAAUUAUCUGUUAUUGCUACAAUCAAUAACUGUUAACUUAUGAAUAAUAAUUAACAAUUACUGGAUGAGGUUGAGCAUGGUAUUGGGAUUUGUCAGUGGUGAGGAGAUCAAUUAUUUGCCAAAGCUGAAGGCUGAGGCAAAAAGUUGAUCUCUGAGACGCUGACAAAUCAAAAUAUUUUGUGAUAACCAAGUUUAACAAUAGCAUAGUUUUAUCAUUUGAUCUCUGAGUUUGUUUUUUCAACUCUGAAAGGUCAGCCAAGCGAUCUGCCAUUUUCACGCAAGAGCAAAUCGUUUGCGGCCAAACACAGUUAGACAACAUAGCAUAUGAGCAGACAAUUAUUUGCUGGCAGUUAUUCACAAGUCAUGUGGUUGGAGCCCAGUGCUCUGAACAUGUAAACUCUUGGGUAUCCAGACCAGUAUAUGAUUGUGUGAAGGAAGAAAGAUUUUCUAGUCACCAAAGAGCAAAAGUUGGGUGCCAGAGCUCACCGGGCUCUGACAGAGCACUGCCCUGCAUACUCAUGGUAGCCGGUGAAAAUCCCUGGCUCUCUGCCCUUGGCAACAGCCCUGUUUAAUGGUUCUUAACACCAAAGAGUUUGAAGCCAUUAUGGAGAAUUUCAAGCUUUUAUUCUACCUCCACUUAUUACUUAUCUGCACAUUGUCCGCCAGGUUUAGCAGUAUUUUGUGGCACUGUUUUCCGCAAGUACUCCAUCGAACUGACAGGUCUCCUGCAGUAUGUCGCCAAUCAACUCAAGGCAGGGAAGAGUUUUGAUUUGCUGGUACUAAAAGAGGUGGUGCAGAAAAUGUCGGGGAUUGAGAUUUCAGAAGAAGUAACAGCCGCUCAGCUAGAGGCUCUCUCAGGAGGAGAGUUACUCAGGGCUGAGGUAAUUAAACAAAUUAAUCUUCGUUUAUUAAAGUUGAUUGACUGAAUUUGAUUUCAACUUAUCUCCACAAAUUCCGUGGUUUUUUGUUUAACAAAGAAAAGGAGAAUGUAUGAAAUGCCUUAAAUGUCGUUCAGUCUAAUGUUAAAGUACCUUACAUACAAAAAUAAAUGCACUUUUUUGAGUCUCAAUGUAUUUAGCUGAAAGUGCUAAUUAAAGAUGUUAUUUUGAUAUCUCUGGAUGGAUGUGGGACAGCCAUAUCCAUAUUGUCACCGAGCCACGAGGCAGUACUGUAAAUCCUCUAUUAAGCACCCCUCCAGGGGCUUAUUUAUUUCCAACACAUUUGAGGGGGGCUUAAUAGAGACCAGGGGCUUAUUCAAGAGGGGGCUUAUUUAAUUUAGCAAAAUCCUUGGUAUCAAUUCUCCAGAAAGAACUAGAAUGCAAAGCGGAAAAGCUCAAGUACAAGAAGUUGGAGGUCAUGCAGCGAAGGAUAAAAAAAGACAAAUCCGUACUUCCACCCGGUGAAUAACCAUCAAAACAAACCUAGAUCAGUCCACACAAAGUUUUACAAUCGUGAUAACAAUAAUAAGUGGGAGGGGGAGGGGGGGGGGGCUUAUUAACUUCUUUGCCUGAUAAGGGAGAGCUUAUUAGAGAUGUGGGGCUUAUUUGAGAAUCUCCUGACUUGGUUAAAGCAAACAGAAGGCAAUUUAUAAGGAGAAUCUGGCAUUUGUUCUGUACUAAAGGCUAUCUUCGAAGCAGCUUUUCAAUCACUGUAAUUGCUCAUUUAUCCCUUUGUAGGGUGGAUAUUUUGGACAGAUUAGAAACACGAAAAAGUCUUCACAGAGGCUGCGUGACACACUGCUAGAAGGAAAGCUGGACCUACCCCUCUGCUUGUUAAUGGCGCAACAGCGAAAUGGCAUUGUGUUUUAUGAAAAUGCUGACAGACAUUUGAAGCUUGUAGGAAAGCUUUAUGAUCAGGUAUGCACAUGCCGUGUUUUCUAUAUCACUGAAGUACCAUAUUUUCUUUUCUACCUGAUUUCCAAACACUCAUGAAGCAGUCAUGUCCUUUGCAUUUUCUUUAUGAAGUAUCAAUGAGCAUAAAGAACGUAAAGAACGUCAGUUAAACAGCUUGCCAUUCGGGCAACCUGUAGCUACCAUCUACCAUCUACUGUUUAUUUGCCUCCAUCACAAUAAUAAAAAAAUGUUGAUGGUUGUUGUAAAUUGGCCAGCACUUGUUAUAUAUAUAAAUAAAUAUAUAAAAGUGAUAAAUAUUAUUAUAAAUUAAAUCAAAGGCAGUUUGUAAAUGCCAUCGAAGAAGAGGCUUUUACUGUCUCAUUUGGCAAAACGUUCUGCUCUAUUAUUGUUCUUGGAAAGUAGGAGAAUUUAUAAUAAUCAGUGAAAGCGAAUGGGAGCUCAUAAGCUUGGUUGUUGACAUGAAGGCUAUCUCGGCCCAGCGACUUCAGACAUUUGAUCUAUCCCAAAAGUCAUUUUAAAAAGCCCCCCACCCCUCAAUACUUUUUACUGAGCAGGAUUGAUAACAGUUCUUGUGUUAUUUGAAUUCCCUAACUAACUUUACUGCAGUCAACUCUAAGAUGGACAUCUUUGGGACCGGCAUUAAGUGCCCAUCUUAUAGAGAGUCAAAUAAAGGGAGUAAAGAAAGGCAGGGAUCAACUCUAGGUGUCCAUUUUACAGAGGUGUCCGUCUUAUAGAGAGUCAAAUAAAGGGAGUAAAGAAAGGCAAGGACCAACUCUAGGUGUCCAUUUUACAGAGGUGUCUGUCUUAUAGAGAGUCAAAUAAAGGGAGUAAAGAGAGGCAGAGAUCAACUCUAGGUGUCCAUUUUCCACUUUCUUCACACGCUGAUGAGUUUGAAAACCCCCAGCUCCCUGAAAACUGUUCUAAGGAUCGUUCAUAAUCACAGCAACUUGCUUCCUUUUUCUGCAGUGCCAAGAUACCCUUGUACAGUUUGGAGGAUUCCUCGCUUCUCAGCUAACAGCUGAAGAGUAUGAUUCACACAUUCCCUCUCUGGAUGUCCUGGGACAGUCUUGUCACUUGACCCCCGAUGCAGCUUUUUUUCUUUCAAGGCCCAUGUUUGUCCAUCAGAUUGAGGUUUGUUCUUACGUUACUUUCAUCAGACUAUCAGUACACACGGCUUCAACUUUAUUUUCUUUAGUCCAAUAGCAAAGCUUUGCUGGUGAGAAUUUUUUUACUUAGAAGUAGUAAAUUCACUGGCUAUAUUCCGUCUUGGAGGGCGGGCGCUAGCCUGAGAAAACAGCCGACAUUGCUCGACGCCACCUCUGGUUUCCCCGCGAAAUAACGUCUGAGAAAAAAGUGCAGAAAUUUCACAUUGAUUACGCGUCACUACCCAGAACCGGGAUAGUGACGCGUCAUCAGAAUGGAAUAAUUAUUUCUACGCUCGUUUCUCUUACGUCAUUUCACUGGGAAACGAGCAGUGACGUCGCGAAAUGUUGGCGGAUUUUUCAGGCUAGUCGAGAGCCUGUCCAAAAAGCGGGCUGGUUUCUUUUCAAACUCCUUGAAAGAUAAAGAUGAAAAAGCAGCUCAUUAAACGGGAAGUCAUUGUCAACAUCCCAAAAUAACUAUAAUCCAAAAGUUUGGAUUUCACCCACCGGAACUUUGCAGUAAUUUUUCUUGUUGCCAUUGGAAAACACUGUCCAUACCUUGGAGCAUUGAAAUUUGUUUUAUUUUUAAUCCCCUUCGCUCUCUUUCUCGUCGGUCUGUAUCCUGUUCUCCCUGGUGUUUUUGUUUAAUUGUUGUGUUUAUUUUCAUUCCAGACAAAGUACGAGGAAGCCAAGAAGGCCAUUGCUGCUAAAGGAAAACCACUCCAACAGAAGGUAAGUCUUCCCUCCACCUUCCUCGCGGGUGGCGAUUUUCACGCGUGCUUGCGUAUUCGCUCGCCCCGAUGAAAUUGAGAGACUACUCCUAGUCUGACUCUACAAAAAAUCCUCUCUUCCCUCCGCGUCACUUUCCUCGCGUGUGGAAAUUUUCACGCGCGCUCGCGUAUUCGCUCGCUCUGAUGUAACUCACAUUCCUUCAUUUUAUUGCUUUCAGCAAAUCUUGCAGUCCUACAUUGAUGCAGUGAUUUUAGUCAUGGAGCCAGUAUUCCAGAGUGCUAGGACGAUUAUGGCACCCAAAAUCUGGAACAGCAUAAGGUGCAGAUGACACGGAAGGUUUCUUGUUUGUUUGUUUCCGUUUUCAUCCAUGAAACUAGUGUUUUGUGUGGCUUUGUUGUCAUUUUUGUCAUUAUGACCAACCAAUGAGUGUUAUCGGUAGAAAUUCAUACGUUUUUUGUCCGUUUUUAGUCCUCAGUUGUACGUAACCUUCUGGGCGUUGUCCAUGUACGAUCUUUAUGUCCCACUGGAAAGAUAUGAACAAGAACUGACGAAAUUAAAACAACAGUUGACACAGCUGGAUGAUAAUAAGGACAUGGUAUGUUAUGGUAACAGAUCGUUUCGCCCGAAAGUCGGUUCACCCGAAGUUGUUUCGCCCAUACGUAAGUAGAUUCGCCCUGUUGUUCUCAAAGCCUGAAAAAAGUGCUUGAAAAGACAAUGACUGCGCAUGUGGAUCAACUUUCUCCGGUGAAAACUUCACACAAAUUAUAAAAGAUCGACACGAUCGCUGCGGUAAAUGUAGACUUUAUGUACAGGGCUACCUAUGUACACUCUUUUAGUAUCUCGAAUGUGAUUAUCGAGAUCGCUGGACCUUUUUUGAUAAGCCUUGUUGCAGACUGUUGUUUGCCAUCGGGCGAAUCGACGUCCGGGCGAAACAACUUUGUGCGAAUCGAUUUUCGGACGAAACGACCUCAAGGUAGUUGAAUACAUAUAAAACAAUUAUUAUACUGAAACAAUCACUGUCAAUAACAUUUUAAAUUUUGGAAAAUUCCCAUAGCAACUAAACCAAGUUUCUUUUUGUUGCAAUCAUUUUGUUUUUCAGCCUGUAAGCAAAAAGAAGAAGGAGAAAGAAAGAUGUUCUCUUUUAUGUGAAAAAUUGAAAGAGGAAUUAAAACAACAAGAGGAACAUAACCAGAGAGUAAUGGCGUCAUUGAAGCAUGAGAGAGACUCGUGGCUUCCAGCGAGUAAGUUGUUCAUACCGUCAGAUUUCCUUGGAUAAGCGCCCGCGCUCUAAUAGUUGCCGUCCCAUAUUAAAGUAAGCACUCACCCAAACUAUCCCAGAAAUCGUUGCGGCUGAAGCUUGUACCCCUGAUUCCCUUUGUAGUUUCUGGACUGGAAAGUUGCUUAAUGUGAUUUGUUUGUUAAUUUUUGUGUUUCAGAAGCGACCAAAAGUGAAACCAUCACACAGUUUCUUCAGCUUUGUAUGUUUCCCAGAUGUGUGUUUACAGCCAGCGAUGCUGUAUACUGCGCAAAAUUUGUUCACAUGCUGCACAACCUUAAAACACCAAACUUCUCAACGCUUCUCUGCUUUGAUCGAGUAAGUCAUAUGGCGACUAAAAUUUCCUUGCAAAAUAAUAGAGACUGUUAGAUUCGAGGACGAGGCCGGCGAUUAAACUUAAAGUUUUUUCGCGUAUUCUAAAAAAUAUACUCCUUGGAAAGCUUCAUUUGACUUCAAUUUUUCAACAGAAAAGCUUAUACGGUUCGUUUUACUGAAGGAGGUUACACCCUCUCCCGAUCUCAAAAUGAUUUAACUUCUAACAUUUGAUAACUAGUUUCCGCCACUACGACAUUCUCGCUAAAACUCAUAGUAGAUGACGGCCACCACAUUUUCCCGCCAAAAUGGUGCUGCUUCACGCGCGUGCACUACUUGGUAUUGAGAAAAUCUCGUCAGUAGUUUGCGUCGUCUUAAAAUAUAAAGGUCUCUAAUAUUCUCCUGAACAGAACCAAGCGUUACCAAUGCUCAUUAGUUUUCGCAGACCUUCUGGAUUGGUUGAUCAAGUAGAUUAAUUGUUUAAUCAAUCAUUUAAUCAACCAAUCAUACUUGAUGACCAAUUAACCUUCCUGGUAGAGGCAUACUUUUUAGAAGCUAUAGACUUGACAAUAUUGUGAGUUAAUAUGGGUAUUUUGCAACGCACAAAGUCUUGGUUUUGAAAGAAAACUCAAAAUGCUAGUUUGGUAAGGUAGAAAAACACCAAGUAAGUUAUUAUUAAAUCUAACGAAUCAUGAUUAGUAAAGACGCAGAAACACAGUCGUAGUUACGUAACCGUAAUUCAUGACGUGUUGGAGCUGAAAUGCACAGUACACUGUACGUUCACUGAUCAAAGAGAAAGAAAACAACUUUGGACUUCACUUGCAAAUCCCCCAUGUCUUCAUAAAUGUAAAUUAACAUGUUUGUUAUGUGUCACAAGGUAUUUUCAGACAUUUCCUACACAGUAGCAAGCUGUACAGAAAACGAAGCCAGUAGAUAUGGUAAGCUGUGUUUUGCAUCAGUGAUUGUGUUUCCAGGGGAACACUCAAGGUCUUGACAGAGUGACCUCUUGAUUUCUUGUUUCCGUUCACUUUGUAGGUCGCUUUCUGUGUUCGAUGCUUGAGAUCGUGAUGAGAUGGCAUGGCGAUAAGAAGACUUACGAGAAGGUAAGUAACGCGACAAAAAGAAAUAAAACCGCGUAACUUGAGUGUCAGGCGUUUCUGUGGUAAAAGGGCGAAGAGAGAAGCGAAAAGGGAAGAUAGCGAGGCGGGGGGGAACCCUUUCUCUCUCCACCCCUCCCCCCUUCCGCCCACUAAAAUCACCUCUCUCCUAACCCCUAAGGAGGCCCUGAUACUCAGUUUUAAACAACCUUAUCUGGUUAAUAGCUGUCAAGGUUUUGAAACUUCAGAGCUAAACAAAGAACACGAUGUAAAAAGAAAAAACUGGAUCAAACUUUAGCUACAUCUGUAACUGCUUUUUCAAUUCAUUUUUUUUAAUUUACUAGGUAAUCGUCUUGCUGUUAUCUUUUUACUCGUACUUUCGUCGUAAAGUUAGUAUUUUACUAAAAUGUAAAAAAUGGAAGUUAAUUGAAAGCUAAGCAGUAUUUAGCCACAUGUAACAUUUUCUGAAAAUGUCGUUUCUUGGAAUUGUGACAUUCAAACUUACAUAAGUAAAUGAUUAAAAUAUACAUUUUGCAUACACAUACCAGCAAUGAAUUUAAAUAUGGCCGUUUAUAGCUAAUCUUCUAAACACUGCUUUUUAUUAUUAUUUUUUUUUUAACAGGAAUGUGGUAGUUACCCCGGAUUUGUGACCGUUUUGAGGGCCACAAACAACGAUAAAGCAGACCAUUUAGACUACGAGAAUUACCGGCAUGUCUGUCACAAGUGGCAGUACAAACUUACUAAGGUAACCCUCCAUUUUCAACAAAGCCAAUUAAGGGAACAGUCCGCCCUUUUUUUAACAAUAACAACAACCAGACUCCCCCAUAAUGUAGUCACCAGAUGAUAAUGGCGAUACCGACUGAUCGUUCAAUCUUUGUUUUUAAUGACACCGAUAGAUCAGAAAAUAUUUUAUUAUAAUGUGUAUUUUUUGUCGUUGUCGUAGGCUCUUGUAGUGUGCCUGGAAUCAAAGGAUUAUACUCAGAUCCGAAAUACAAUUAUGGUGUUAACGAAGGUAUGUCUCUAGCCAUGUUUUUAGCUUGUCUCGUACGUUCAAAUUUUGAAAAGCGUACGCUAACGCUCUCUCGUCUUUCCAUGCCCUGGAGUGAAGGAAAAAGUCGUCGUGAAAAUCCGGUUCACACUUUUUUUAGUGCAAACUAGCCCGUGUCAGUUAACUUAUCCGUCCCGUUUACAUUACACUAUUUAGUUUCAGAGUUGGUGUGUCCUAUCUUCUGCAAAAAUGCAAAGGGCGAAAAAAUAAACACAAGGUGGUGCGUGCGCUGUUAGCAGGUUGCUUUAAGAAAGCUAUUUUUGCUACUUAGAUGCGCGACGUUUUUUCAAAGGGCACUUGUUCUGGUUGUUUAUUUUUAAUUUCGUUCUAUUUGCAGAUUUUACCGUUUUAUCCAAAAGUUUUAAAUCUCGGGCAAGCUUUGGAAAGAAGAAUCGACAAAAUCUGUGAAGAGGAGAAAGAGAAGCGGCAGGAUAUUUAUACUCUCGCUGUGGGGUAAGAAAAGUCACACAUGUAGACAAUUGUUUGUGCUUAAUAUGACCCUUUCCCUAGGGGUAAAGCCUAUUAGCCGGGGAAAAUAAAAUUUAUGAAGGAAGUAUCCAUGGUAACGUCAAAAUGUUUAAAGGAUGCGAGCAUGACAGCUAACAAGAUGCUAACCAAUCAGUAGAGUGGCUUUGACUUUGGCAAAUUUUCCCGCGUAAAAGACCCACCGCACGCAGCCGAGAGCGCGGGAUAAAAUUGAGUGUGACCGCUUUUUUUUCGGAAUCUACGUGUAAUUUCAGCUACGGUGAAGUUAAAAAAAAAUCUUAAGCUUGAUUUAUUCUUGUUUAAUUUUAGGUAUGCGGGUCGUUUGAAAGCGAAAAAGCGUGAGAUGGUCGUUGAGAGUGACUUUCACCAUAAAGAAAAGGUAUUGAAUCAUUCAUUGUCGCAAAUGAACUUUUUUACGCGCGUGGCGACUUGUAAUGUUUUUGUAACUUUUGAGUCUGACUGUGGAUGAAAUCCUAUGGUGUGACCAUUCAAAUGAAGCCUCUUCAGCAGUACUUGCACAUGGUACUAUUUGUUUUGUACAAAGUUCUAACUUUUGAGUCUGUGGAUGAAAUCCUCUGGUGUUACCAUCCAAAUGAAACCUCUUCAGCAGUAUUUUCACAUGGUACUACUUGUUUUGUCUGUGGUUUCAACUUUUGAGUUUGUGUAUGAAAUCCUAUGGUAUGACCAUUCAAAUGAAACCUCGUCAGCAGUUCGUUCACAUGAAACCAUUUGUCUUUUAGUAUUGUACAGAAAAAAAUAUGGAAAUUUUUCCUGGUUGUUUUUUCAAUUUGGUCACUUUUGAAGAGUGGAAGCCGGGCUAGUCUUAGAGUCCAACACAUAAGUAAACUGAAAAAGAACGCUAUCAAAUGGCCGGGUUACUUUACUCUUUGUUGUUCCCCUCAAACAGAUUUGAAAAUGAAUUCUUGUUGGGUUCAUUUGUUAAAAUGUUGAUUUUUUUGCCAGCCCCCUGCAACUGCUCCUCCACCUUCAAGCCAAACUGAUUCUGUCGCUGUUAAACAAGAAAAAACGGUGAGUUUUAAGACGAAAUUCGCGCCGUUUAUUUUUCGUCAUUUUUUGGGGUGGUUGCGAUGUGAUGGCAUUACAUUUCAAAAAUUAUGUAUGGCAAUGCUGAUCAAAAUAAGUUUCGCAUUCAGAUAGUGGAGGGUGACGCGAAGUAGAGAGCGGAGUGGAAAAAAGCGCAGUUUUUUCCUUCUAACUUUCCUUUCCGCUGUCCCACUAUCUAAAGUUAAAACGCCUGCAAAAGGCUAUCAUUGUCGUGACUUAAGUGGGCUUACUAAAACUUAUGUUUUUGUGUAUUGUCUUGGGUGAAAAAGAGGCUAUUAAUUAGUGAGAACGAACAUGCUAUACUUAGAUUGUCAAUCAAAUUGUAAUGUUUAAUCCUUUGUUUUAGGAAGCACAGCCAAAUUCUUCAGUAAACACGGAGUCUACAAGUAAGUUAGUUUAAUAUUGUAAGUAUUUCAGUAGAAAAGUCUAGAAUUUUGGAUAAACUUCCCCAAGAGUUGGCAGAAUUUUAAGCACGUGUAAAAUAAGAUUGAAAGAAGACCACACUCUUCGCACAACUAAACAACAUUACCACUGUAUGAAACAGUCAGUGUAACAAAACAGAAGUGGAAUACAACAAAAUCAUAUGAGAAAGUUCUCGACACAUUAUUUUGUGUAAUCAGAUUACUUAAUGGUCUACGAGUUUGCAAACCAAAAUCAUGUUUAAUUUUUAUUUUUGUAGAGAGUGUGAAGAAUGAUUCGGAUGUGAAACCCAAGGCAGCAGGUUUGAAGAUUUUGUUUGCUUGAGUUGUCAUUGAAAACAAGUUAGAGUAAUUUAGAUUGGUGUAAUGUCUCGGAAGGCACACCCUGCGAGGAAAGCCUGGGUCCGAAACUGUAUCUUAGCAACAAGCAGCGCAUGCUUAACAAAGAUCUUAAUAUAGAAUGAAGAUGAUGUGAACUGCGGAAAUACAAAUUUAAACGAAGAUAUGUUCGUCCAGUUGGUAAUUGCAAUUUAAGCAAUUGUAAAUUAACCCCCCAAAAAUUCGGGACUUCAACGGGAUUCGAACCCAUGGCCUCUGCGUUAUAGAUUCAAGCAGAGUCGUUCUCGAGUACGCCGAAAUUGAGCAAGCGCAAGAAAAGCUCUGCUGGCAGGGCCAGGAAGGCACAACUGAAGAAAGCUUUAUUGCUGUGUUAGAACGUGGGAUAAAUGAUUUAUUACCUUGUAUUUUUAGUGACAAUCAAGAAAGAGCAGGAUGGUUCAAAAUCCUCCAGGUAUGUAUUGUACUGUCUUAGCCUGAGAAAACAGCCGACAGUUGGCGACCCCACCACUGGUUUUCCCGCGAAAUGACGUCUGAGAAACGAGUGCAGAAAUUCCAUACUGAUGAGGCGUCACUAUCUGUACCCAGAUCUGGGUAGUGCUUCUGAUUGGUCGUGCCGCGUGGGAAAUUUGCUUUAACCAAUCAGAAGCACUUGCCAGAUCUGGGAAGUGACGCGUUAUCAGUAUGGAAUUUCUGCGCUCGUUUCUCAGACGUCAUUUCGCGAGGAAACCAGAGGUGGCGUCGCUUAAUGUAGGCUGUUUUCUUAGGCUAAUAUUAGAGAGAUUUAGAGUCACGUUUACGGCUAACGUAAGAUUCAAGUUGAAAAUUUCUCGUAGUAGAAGUUAAGGAGUUAAAGACUGUCCAGAACAAUUCUCAUGAAUAGAACUAGCGUGAAACUACUCAUUUUUGGGUGGAAGUAAUAAACAGUAAAGGGCACUUGAGGCAAAACUUGGUCGCGUGGUACAAAUGAACGUUUUCUGUUUGGCGUAAACGUGACUUAAAAUCUCUCUAUUGUCUUGGUUAAAACGUGGCUUUCCCAGGUGACAAAAAUUCCUUUCACUUUGAGGGUAACCAACCAUUCUUCUUUUCCAGUCCUAGCGCGACCAAGAGCGAAGGUGUUUCUUCGUCUCAGGAAAAGACCGCUGGCAAAUCCAGUACAGGGUCAUCCGGUAACAAACCAUCAGGCACCAGUACCCCUAGCGGCACAUCCUCUUCACGGUCAGGUGCGAACGCUGAGUCACCUAGCAGGAACGCAUCUGGGAACAAGUAAGAUGGUUUUAUUAAACAAAAACGGGAAAACUCAGUUUGUUAAAUGGCAUCUUAUUUACCCUCUAAACAGCAUCCUUUCUUUGCGCUUUCCUUCUGAGAGUCUAUUAAACGUCUUAAACUCGAAUAAACGAUGAUAUCAAAUCUCAUUUUGAUGUCAUUUCAGAUCUUUAAACACAAGCGGUAGCUCCAGCCAGCAGGCGUCUAGGACGUCCGCAACUAAUGCGACCUCUAAGGGGACAAAAACUCCAACGAACGUCAAAACAGAAGGGACCACCAAUGGAAAUGAUGUUUCUAUCAGCAAAAAAUCGGACAGUAGGUGUGUGAGUCAUGUAUUGUAAUAGCAAAGAGAAUUUGAAAAUGCUUUUUUCUUGUCUUGGCUAUCGACUGCGAAACCCGCAACCACACUUGUUAGACAUUGCACGUGCUGAUGUAACACACGUGAAUUUUCUGCUAUUGCCCUAGCCGUAAACGAUAAAAAUUAGGAAAAAAAGAUUCUUUUUCCUCGAAUGUAACGUUUUCAGUCACACCAAUGAAGAUUAAGCCUUACCAUGCAAAUAUCUCUCUUUUUCAACAAGAGAAUAAACAAAUGGAGUAAACCGCUUUUUUCUUUGCAUUUCUCUUAAAAUAUUUCACAGUAAACAAAAGAAUAAAGAAAAGGAGAAAGACAAGGAACAGAACGACAAACCCAAGGAAAAGGUAAAGNAGCAUUUGAAGAUGCUUUUGUCUUGGCUAUCGACUGCAAAACAUUGCACGUGCUGAUGUAACACACGUGAAUUCUCUGCUAUUGCCCUAGCCGUAAACGAUAAAAAGUUGGAAAAGAAGAUUAUUUUUCCUGGAAUGUAACGUUUUCAAUCACAGCCUUACCAUGCAAAUAUCUCUCUUUUUCAUCAAGAGAAUAAACAAAUGGAGUAAACCGCUUUUUUCUUUGCAUUUCUCUUAAAAUAUUUCACAGUAAACAAAAGAAUAAAGAAAAGGAGAAAGACAAGGAACAGAACGACAAACCCAAGGAAAAGGUAAAGAGCGAAAAAGCAGAGAAAGUAAAAGAACCGAAAACGAAGGGCAAAGAGAAGGAGCGAAGUAAAAGCAAGGAGAAAGAAGUGAAGGAUAAAGUAAAAGAGCGAGUCAAGGAGAAGGACAGAGAAAGGUCUGGCAGUAAAAGUAAACAUUCUUCGCCUUCAGUGCCCGAGUCACCCAAAGAUGGCGAAUACGAGAAAGGUACUGCUCUUAAAGCUGCAUUAAGCGGUUGUUUAGUGUCACCAGACGUGUGAUUGCGAUAGAAGAUUUCGCGCCAAUCAUGAGUGAGACCAAAACCAAUCAUGUCUCGCGGCCGGUAGGCGUUUUCCCGCCCUUGACUUCAAGUUUCUUGAAACAGAUCUGGAUUCAAUUUCUGAUUGGUUUACUGGUAUUUUUGCGUUUCCUGAUUGGCUAGAGUAAUAACCUUGAACUGAAAAAGCGUUUUUGUUAUGUUCAUGUUUGUUCUCGGGCUUUCACUUCUUGUUCUGGUCUCCUCUUCCUCGUUUUCUUCAGUAUUCCAGCUAGGCUUUAUUCAGUCAGUAAAACAAGUUUAAAUAACACUCAAAUCACUCAAAUACUGCAUCUUGCUCGCAAAACUGAAUCCGAAUUCGAGUCUUGCGUUACGAGACCGAAUCCGAAAUUCUGUUUGCUUUCAAAGAUUUGUCUUUCUUAGAAGUAAUUUCACUGGAGAACUCUCAGAAAUCUUGAGCCAUCUUUUCAAGCAAUUUAGUUGCGUAUUUCCAUCUUUCGUAUAUUGAGGUACAUCAAUAGAGGUGACUGCCUGAGUAAUGCAGUAGAUAAUUGUUUAAUUCUACUUUUUUCUCAGAGGCGAAGCGCCGCAGACUCGAAGGAAUGUCUUCUCCUUCUUCUCAGGUGUGUCUCACUACUCAGUCUUUUUAA